CUCCCCGCUGGCAGUCGCGCGUCUCUCCGCGUUCAAACCCACGAGCAAACACACCACGUGCUCCUCCACAUGUGUACAGCAUGGCGAACUGGACUCAGGAGGACGGAGCUCCGACACCCGUCACAAAUCCUUCUGAAGUGUCGCAGGUCUCCGGCGGGAGUGUCACCGGCGGCCCCGCGGUGACUUCGUGCCUCAUUCCGUCAUUCGCGGAAGCUGUGAAGUUGCUGAAGGCCCGAUACUCAUGUCUGGUUCUGGACACUCACCGGAGACACAUCUCCCUGCCGCCAGUACACCUGAAGAAGAAGAAAACCGGCAUACAGGAGCAACUCAACGCAGAGCUGCUGAAAUACUCUAACAGUCUGGAUGGUGUUCCUGUGGCGUAUGACAACAUUAAAGUCGUGGGACAGCAUGGCAAUAUAUAUGACGAUCAGGGAUUUAUUCACUUCAACAUCGAGGCGUCUUUCGUGAUCUUCAGACCAAAGAAUGGAUCAAGGCUGAUGGGUGUGAUUAAUAAGAUGGGAGCGAGUCACGUGGGCUGUCUGGUGCACGGUUGUUUUAACGCGUCAGUGGUGAAGCCGAAUGCGCUGACCUCAGAUCAGUGGAGGGACUCGGGGCUGUGUGUGGGACAGAGUCUGGAGUUCGAGGUCUUUCAGCUGGACGCAGACGCUGCAGGAGUUCUGCUCAUCAGAGGACGACUCGACAGAUCCAGAGUGCAGGAGCUCGUGGCCCAAUUUGAACAAAAACAAGUGACUGCAGAAUCAAGCACAGAAGCAGACGCCACAGAAGACACGGCCGGCAGUCCAAAACCCAAGAAGAAGAAGAAGAGGAAAAAAGACAAGAACGACACAGAGUCGUCAAUGGAGGAGUGUGUGAACAACAGCAGCCUGCAGGAAACCUCCGAACACCAGCAAACCACAACAGAGGAGGACUGUAGUGCAAACGGACAUCAUAAAGAGAAGAAGAAGAAGAAGAAGAAAAGAGACAAACAGCAGGAUUCAGCGGAGAUCGUGCCUACCAGUGACUCCAGCGGGUACAUCAGUGAUAAAACCAGCAGAAAGAGAGCGCUGGAGGCCGGCGACGACACUGAAACGCCUGCUGCUAAAAAGAAGAAGAAGAGCAAGUGAUUUCUGUCCUGACUAAAGCUUUAUGAACUAAAUUAAUGUCGCUGAGGUCUAUAUGUGUGAUUUAUAUUUGCAGAAUUUAAUAAAGGAGUUUUCUUCUGGAGGAUUUGCACGUUUAUAUUUGCCCGCCACUAGAGGGCAGUGACUUCACCCGUUUCUGACACACACAGUUAAUGGGUUUUUGCCAAAUCAUUCUAACUGAGCAGUGCUACCAAGCUGAAAAAGCCUUCAGUGCCUCUUCUGGACAUUUUUAGGAUUUUGGGAACUAAACUGUUCAUGUGAUCCUGUUUAUAAUUGAUAAUAGUAAUAAUGAUCUUGUUCUAAAAGUAUUUCUACUGUUUUUAGUAUUAAACUAAUUACAAUGAGGUUUAAAAGAUGGCAAGUGAAGAACUGGUAACAUCUUGUAAUGCUUCUGCCAAUAUUAACACUACAACCGCCGGAGGUCGCUGUAUACCUAAAAUCACCAGUGCGGGUAAAUCUAACCCAGCACAAAUUUAGUUUAAAAUUUGCUAAAAAAUAAUAAUAAACAUACUAUUUCAUUGUUUUUCACCACUGUUUACAAAAAGCUUAUGAAAUGAUUAUUUCAGGAUAAUAUUAUUUUAGGAGUAGAUUAAAAUAUCUAAAUUUGAGCCAUCAUACUCUAAUGCAGGGGUUCCCAAACCUUUCAGCCCCAAAAUACAAUGCCAGUGACUCGCAACCCCCAAUAUCCUCUGAGGUGGUUCUAAAUCUAUAAGCCUUGCACACACGGGUGCACACAUACCAAUAGGCCCAAGUCUAUAUUGUUUAAUCUGAGAACGCCACUCGGAGACCAUCCUCUGUUCUGUUGUAUUUAUUUUUAAUGUAGGCAAAUGCUCUAAAGGUGUCAACGUUUAACCUGGUGUCAUAAAAUCAAUUUGCUGUAUCUGACACAAAACAGAAUUAUCCCAGGGGUUGCAAAAAAAAAUCAAAAAGCUGAUUGAUUUUUUUUUCAGGUUUUAAAAUGUUUAUUAUUAACAUGCUAAUAAUAACUACUAUUUUGUUCUCCGGCAGGUUAUGGAUAAAUAUGGUAAUUCUAAUCGUUUAAUAAAAUGAAUUAGAUUUUUGGAAAUAACCAAGCGACCCCACCUUAUGAUUCUGUGACCCCCCUUAGGAGAGGGGUCUGGGUAGAGACUCGGUGCAGUGCAAUCUGGGCUGCAUCCAAUGCUUUUUAAUGCGCUCGCCUAACCCUACCCGUCAUAUCGACGUCACUCAUUCCAUUGAAUGCAUUGAGUCUGACAUUGCAUCGCUGAGUGAUGCAGUUUCAGCUUGCAUCAUAAAGGCUGCAUCCAGAUACUGUUACCCCCGAGGGGUCCCGACCCCCACUUUGCAACCACUCCUCUAAUGCAUAACUUAUUUCUCCAGUCUCUCCAUCAUUUUUUUUUUUUUUUGCAUUUUGUGGUUUAAAUAGCUAUUAAAAAAUCACCUUCUUUUAGUCAUUGUGACGUUAUUCAUUUAUUAUAACCACUAUUCAGUCAGUGAAAUUGAAAGUAAAAGUCAUUGGUGAGUAAUUUUAGACAUAAGCAGUGCAUAAAUACAUAUGUUUUUAAUAGUGGGUAAAUUUGACCCACGCUGGCGCUUCUAGGUAUAAAUGUCCCACUUUUUAAUCUAUUUAAACAGUUUUUAAUAUCUGGGAAUUGUGAAUAAGACAAUUUUAGUAGGAGUCAAUGACUGGGAGGCUUGAAUGUUCAAUUGAAGGUCUGUUAUGUACAUUUGAGUAACAGUGAUGGGUAAAAUUGCCCCUUUGGCGGUUCUAGUGUUAAGAGCAGUUGUUUUAGUCUGGAUUGAACUUUUCUGCUCAUUUUAAUGUUGUAAAUAUAUUACGUUUAUAUUUUUACCUUUAAACCCUCAGACAUAUGAACUACAUAAACGUCCGUGCUGUAAAAUGCGGUGCUGCCUGCAGAUCAGAAGUGAUUGUGUGGAAAUCUUGUGUUGUAAAAAUAUAUUUUUAUGCUGUUUUAUUUUUUUUUUUGUGACAAUGGCGUGCUGUUUUGUUUAGUUAUUUUGGUCAAAAGAUGUUUUUAGUAACACUUUAGAAAUGAAUUUCUGAGUUUAAUAGAAUAUAAAUGCAUUUCUCCAACAUGUCUUCAACUUCUGAAUUAAACUUAUUUUUAAAGCUUUUGACCCUGAAGUCCAAAAUGUGAAGAUUGUAUCGAAUCUGUGAGAAUAAUGAAUGAAAAAGAAUAAUAAAAAAAGGCUAAUAA